UAUUCCACAUUAUCCCUUAUAACUUCCAAUACUUGAUCACAUAUUUUGCUUAUAAAACCCUCCAUUCUUCACUUCUACCAAUGCAAUAGAAAGAAAGAAAAAUGGCAUUGCAAGCUCUGGUUAGAAUCCUUCUAUCACUUGUAUUCAUCUCAGCCUUUCUCCAAUUAACAUCAUGUGCCUCCAAAUCCAACCCCACCACCGAUUCCACCAAAGUCUACAAAAAGUUCAUAAAAGAUCAAUGCAAUUCAACCACAUACCCGAAUGUUUGCUACAAGUCUCUCUCCCCUUAUGCAUCAACAAUCAAAAGAAACCGAGUUACACUCACCAAAAUGUCCAUUCACGUGGCUCUAAAAGCAGCGAAAAUUGCAUCUAACACAUUGAAAAAGGUGUCCAAAACGAAGGGGCUAACAUAUGGAGAAACCUCGGUGAUUGCUGAUUGCAGAGAGAACGUUGAUGACACUGUGGAUCUUCUUGGCCAAUCUGCUGAUGAGCUGGCACAUUUGAAUGGAACAUCGAUCGAUCAGAAAUAUCAAUGGGAUAACAUAAAGACAUGGAUGAGUGCUGCCAUAACUGAUGAGUCUACAUGCACGGAUGAGUUUGAUGAAAUACAAGUGCGUCCUUCGCUGCAGAAGACGAUCAAAACCUCCGUUUAUAACGUUUCUUGGUUGAAUAGCAAUGCCUUGGCAUUCGUCAACAAGCUUUACUCCUAAAUGUUCAUUCAAUUAAACCAUACUCGUCUUCAAUGUAUGUUUCUUCCAUAUGACAUCUAUAUACACAAUUUUUCCCUUCUAGGGUUAGUUGUGCUUGGCCUAUUUAAUUGUUCCAUAUAAGUCACUAAGGUUAUUGUAAAACUGUGGCUUUCAGUGUGAUUCUUAUGUUACAUGUAUACAUGGUGUAUAUGAUCAGCUACUCGUGUGUGUAGAGUGUAAGAACGAUAAAUGAGA